AUGGCAGCCUAUUAUGAUCCGACCGCCCCCGAAACAAUCGAGAGCGGCUUGCGCUUCUGGUCGCGCGACGACGCGGCGCUCUACGCCUACUGGGCGCGCUGCGGCGAGGCCGGCGCGCUCUUCGAGCAGCCCGUCGCGCUCCUGCGCCUCGUCGCCUACAAUCCGAGCUUCUUCCUCGGCCUCGCCCGCGCGCGCGCGGCGCGCGGCGCGCGCUACCUCUGCCCGACGGGCCACGAGCGGCGGCGCGACCGCGUCGAGGCCGACGCCAAGCGGGACGCGGCGGCGGCGCGCGACGACGCGUCCGCGUGGGCCGAGCUCGGGCUGCCCCGGGGCUGCUCGCGCGCGGCCGCGCGCAGGGCCUACAAGCGCCUCGCGCUCCUGCACCACCCGGACCGCCGCGGCUCGCGCGAGGCCAUGGCCGCCGUCAACGCGGCCUACGCCGCCGUCGAGGCGUCGUUCGCCGGCGGCGGCGACGCCGACGGGCGCGACGACGCGGCCGCCGCGGCCCGGGCCGACGCCGCGGAGGCCGACGCCGCGGAGGCCGCGCGCGACGCGCGCGCGCGGCGCACCUGGGACGUCGCCACGGCCCGCGGCCUCGACGGCCUCGCGGCGGCGCUCGAGGUCGGCGCGCGCGCGAUCUUCUUCGAAGAGCUCGCGCGGCGCCUCGAGGCGAGCGACGACGCCGGCGCCGUGCUCGCGGCGCCCGUCGACCCCGACGGGAACACGGUGCUCCACCUCGCCUGCGCCCGCGACGCGGCCUGGGCCGUGUCCGCGGUCGUGUCCUGCGCCGGCGCGGCCUGGCCGACGCUCCUGGGGCUCGAGAACGCGCGGGGAGACGCGCCCGCGGACGUCGCCGGGCCCGCGGCCGCCGCGCGCCUCGCGGAACUCCGCGCGGCGGCGGCGGCGGCGUCCCGGGCGAACCGGCGCGCCCCCCACGCCGGCGGCUGGUGCCGCGUUUUUUUGGCGACGUUCGGCGCGUUCCUGCCGCUCCGCGAGCUCGCGCGCGCGGCGUCGGGCGAGGACCGGCCGGGGCUCGCCCUCGCGGUCGCGGUCGUCGUCCGCGCCGCCGCGGGGCCCGACUGCCUCUACGGCGCGGCGCGCGGCGGCCUCGCGCAGGGCAGCACAAGAGAGCGAAAUUCCCAACUUCAAAGGCUCCGAUCUCGGCCAUUUUCCACUCGCCUCGCGAUCGCGCUCGCGCUCGGCCCGGCGCUGCGCGCGUCGCGGUUCCGGGCCGCGGGCGCCGCCUACGCGCUCGUCGCGCUCCCGCGCCUCGCGCGCUCGUCGCUCGUCGCGGCCGUCGCCGACGUCGCGCUCGCCGUCGCCAAGGUGCCCUACGUCGCCGUCGCGCCGCGGGUCCGCGGCCUCGCGGCGCCGGAGGCGAAGACGGCCGCCGCGGGGCCGUGCCUCGCGCUGCUGCUGUUUUCGGCGCGCGUCGGUGUGGGGGCGGUCGUCGCGCGGGUGUGGGACUUCAUGGCUCUCCGGCGGGGCGUGCUCCUCUUGGUCUGGGUCGGCGCGUCGUCGUUCUCUCUGCGCGUGCGACCGGCGCCGGCGAACGGCGGCGGCGUCUUCGUGCGAGGCGGCGGGCUCGACACGCUGGAGGACGGGCCCGCGUUCGACGCGGCCGUCGCGCGGAGCCGCCGCGUCGCCGUGCUGAUCUCCGCGCCCUGGUGCCGCGCGUGCCGCGCCAUCCGGCCCAAGCUCAAGCGGGUGUCGGCCGAGUACGAGGCCAAGGGCGUCGCGUUCUUCGAGGUGUCGCAGCCGGACGUCGCGGACAUGGCGAGCGAGUCGGAGUUCCUCGCGGCCGACGACGUCAAGUUCACGCCCAUGGUCCAGCUCUACGAGGAACGACGGCGCGUCGACUGCUUCAAGGCUGGACCCAGCGGCGGCUACUUUACCUUACGUACCACGGCGCCCGUGCACCUCGAGUACCUCGCGCUGCUCGCGCUGCUCGUCGUCCUCUCCGUCGACGUCCUCGACGUCUCGCGCAUCGUGGGCGCGCCCAUCGCCUAG